AUGGAUACCAAAAACAUUAUUGAUAUUUUGCUAAAUCUAGUCACUUCAACGGUUUUUAUCACUUAUGUGGCGGCACAAUGUGGAGUGAGUUUUUAGAUUACUGUGAAAAGUACACAUGAUACAUUUUUCAAGUUUUUUUAGAAAAAGAAAAAACCAGUUUCUGAAUCACAAGCCGAAAAAUCGGAAGUGGCAACAACAGAAGGAGGAGGUGGUGGAAGUGAACCAAAAGCACCAAAACAAAGUGGAGAUGCAAAACAAAUGGCUGGAACACAUGACCCAAAUUAUCAAACAUUAGCUGGAAUUGAUAAUCAAUUUGGAGAAGAUAAAGCUGCUGGUGCAGCUGCAGCUGGAGGACCAAAACCAGGUGCUGGUGGAAUGGCUGGAACACAUGAUCCUAAUUAUCAGACAUUGGCUGGAAUUGGAAAUGAUUGUUUUGCUAAGAAAGAUGGUGGAGCUGCUGCACCAGCUGGCGGAAAACCAGGAAUGGCUGCAACUCACGAUCCAAAUUAUCAAACUUUGGCUGGACUUGGAAAUGAUGUUUUUGCUAAGAAAGAUGGUGCUCCAGCUGGAGGUGCAGCUGGUGGCCCGGCUGCUCCAGCAAACAAAGAUGCAAAAGCUGCAACACACGAUCCUAAUUAUCAAACACUAGCUGGAUUGAAUAAUGAUGUAUUCAAAAAGGACGGAGCUCCUGCUGGAGGAGGAGCUGCACCAGCUGCAGCAGGUGCUAAGAAAGGACCAACUCAACCAGCCAAUAAAGUAAGUGUUUAUUUUUGGAAUUAUUUUUCUUCCGAAAAAAUCCUAUUCAUAAUUUUCUAGAAUGCAAAAGCUGCCACACAUGAUCCAAACUAUCAAACAUUGGCUGGAAUUGGUGGAGAUGUUUUUGGAGCAGAUAAAAAAACUGGAGGUGCACCGGCUGCUGGAGCUGCUGGUGGCAAGAAACCUGUAGCCCCAGCAAAUAAAAAUGCUAAGGCUGGAACUAUGGACCCCAAUUAUCAAACUCUUGCUGGAAUUGGAGGUGAUGUAUUCGGAGCUGAUAAGAAGGCUGGAGGUGGAGCUGCUGCACCAGCUGGAAAGAAACCAACAGCCCCGGCUAAUAAAAAUGUGAAAGCUGGAACUAUGGAUCCAAAUUAUCAAACAUUGGCUGGAAUUGGUGGAGAUGUUUUUGGAGCGGAUAAAAAGAAAAAAUGA